GCGUGUACCCUUCAUUGGUUUUUGGGUUUUGGUUUUGCUCAGCAUUUUUUGUGAUUCAUCCAAGUUCGAUUAUGCAGUAGUCUGUUUGUUCUCAUUGCUGUGUGGAAUUCUGCUGGGUGAAGAAACCACAGUUUAUUCAUUCUACCAUCGAUGGACAUGUGGGUUGUUUCCAGUUUGGGACAAUCACGAAUAGUGUCGGUGGGCAUGUCUGUUGGGUAUCUAUCCAGCAGUCGAAGUGCUGGGUCAGAGGACGCCCAGCUAACAGUGCUAGUAGAUCACAGGUGAAUAGGCCCAUACUCUGGCCAGCAGAGAGGAUGAGAGUUUUAGGUGCUCCGUAUUCUCACCAGUAUUUGUUCAGCAUGGGCCCAUUUUACAGAGAAGGCAACUGAGGCUCUGAGGGAGGGGCAUUUGCUGCCUCGUGGUCAGUGAGGGAUUCUGGGUCCUUCUUGCCAGAAGCCUCUUCUGCCACCUCCUCGCCUCCCUCGCUCUGCCCCCAGCAUCCUGCCCUGACUACCCUCCCAGCCUGGCUGCGGGGUGGGGUGGGACAGACAGGGUCACGUGGAGUUGGGUUCAGCGGGAGGAAGCCAGGCAGGGUGCAGACGGCUGCUGAUUCUGGGGCUGGUCAGGAAAUCAAGGUAAGGGAGGGAGUGCGUGUGAGCCCCAAAGUGGGGUUCCCUGGAGGCAGAACUGAGAAUGGGGAGGGGGCCAAUAUGAGGGCAGUAUGUGGGCAGACACUGGGCAGAACUGUCACUUUCUCGUCCCCCAGGAGAACCCCCACCAUGGACCCACCGUCGCCAAGCCAGGCCUCCCAAACCCAGCCCACGGCCCCCUCUCUGCUGACUUCCUACCGCUGGCACACAGGGGGCAGCGGGGAGAAGGGGGCUGGAGGGUUCCGCUGGGGCCGCCUCGCGGGCUGGGGCAGAGCACUGAGCCACCAGGAGCCCAUGGUCAGCAGCCAACCAGCCCCUCGCUCGCUCUUCCGCCGGGUCCUCUCUGCGCCCCCCAAGGAGUCACGCACCAGUCGCCUCCGGCUAUCCAAGACCCUCUGGGGGAGGCACAAGAACCCAUCGCUGGAGCCGGAGCUGGAGCCAGAGGCCCCAGAGGCGGAGCCAGAGCCGGAGCCCCCUGCCCCACAGAUCCCUGAGGCCCCCACACCUGAUGUGCCCGUCUGGGACAUCGGGGGCUUCACCCUGCUCGAUGGGAAGCUGGUGCUGCUUGGGGGCGAGGAGGAGGGUCCUCGUAGGCCCCGAAUGGGAAGCGCUAGCUCUGAGGGCAGCAUCCACGCGGCCCUGGGGAACCUCAGGGAUCCAGAUCGGAUUCCUGGAAAGACCGAGCCGGAAGCUGCUGGCCCCAACCAGGUCCACAACAUUCGGGGGUUGCUCAAGAGGCUGAAAGAGAAGAAAAAGUCCAGGUCGGAGCUGGGGGCCAACGUCUCCCGGGAUGGACCCCCCAGUGCUCUGGGCUCUAGGGAAUCGCUGGCCACACUCUCCGAGCUAGACCUGGGCGCUGAGCGGGACGUGCAGGUCUGGCCAGUGCACCCCAGCCUCCUGGGGGAGCCCCACUGCUUCCAGGUAACGUGGGCGGGCGGAAGCCGCUGCUUCUCUUGUCGCUCUGCCGCUGAAAGAGACCGCUGGAUCGAGGACCUUCGUCGCCACUUCCAGCCCACCCAGGACACCGUGGAGCGGGAAGAGACGUGGCUGAGCGUGUGGGUUCAUGAGGCGAAAGGGCUUCCCCGGGCGGCGGCGGGGACACCCGGCGUGCGCGCCGAGCUGUGGCUGGACGGCGCGCUGCUGGCGCGCACUGCACCGCGGGCGGGCCCCGGCCAGCUAUUCUGGGCCGAGCGCUUCCACUUUGAGGCGCUGCCUCGGGCGCGUCGCCUGUCGCUGCGGCUGCGCGGCGCGAGCCCGGGGGUCGCGGUGCUAGGCCGCGUGGCGCUGUCGCUGGAGGAGCUGGAGGUCCCACGCGCGCCUGCCGCCGGCCUGGAGCGCUGGUUCCCGCUGCUCGGGGCGCCGGCGGGCGCAGCGCUGCGGGCGCGGAUCCGGGCGCGACGUCUGCGCGUGCUGCCGUCCGAGCGCUACAAGGAGCUGGCGGAAUUCCUCACCUUCCACUACGAGCGCCUCUGCGGGGCUCUGGAGCCCGCGCUGCCUGCGCAGGCCAAGGAGGAGCUGGCGGCCGCCUUGGUGCGCGUGCUGCGGGCCACCGGCCGGGCACAGGUACUGGUGACAGACCUGGGCACCGCUGAGCUGGCGCGCUGUGGAGGCCGUGAGGCGCUGCUGUUCCGGGAAAACACAUUGGCCACCAAGGCCAUCGACGAAUACAUGAAACUGGUGGCACAGGAUUACCUCCAGAAGACCCUGGGGCAGGUUGUGGGGCGUCUCUGUGCCUCCACUGAGGACUGUGAGGUGGACCCCAGCAAGUGCCCAGCCUCAGAGCUGCCCAAGCACCAGGCCAGACUUCGAAACAGCUGUGAGGAGGUCUUGGAAACCAUCGUCCAUUCCUAUGACUGGUUCCCUACAGAGCUGGGCAUGGUGUUCUCAGGCUGGAGAGAAGCAUGCAAAUCACGUGGCUCUGAGGCGCUGGGCCCCCGACUGGUGUGUGCCUCCCUCUUCCUGCGGCUCCUCUGCCCCGCCAUCCUGUCACCCAGCCUCUUUGGUCUGGCACCGGAACACCCGGCACCCAGCCCGGCCCGCACCCUCACACUGAUUGCCAAGGUCAUCCAGAACCUUGCCAACCGUGCCCCGUUUGGUGAGAAGGAGGCCUACAUGGGCUUCAUGAAUAGCUUCCUGGAGGAACAUGGACCAGCCAUGCAACACUUCCUGGACCAGGUGGCCAUGGUGGAUGUGGAUGCUGCACCCAGUGGUUACCAGGGCAGCAGUGACCUGGCCCUCCAGUUGGCAGUCCUGCAUGCGCAGCUCUGUACGAUCUUUGCCGAACUUGACCAGACCACCCGUGACAGCCUGGAACCGCUGCCCACCAUCCUGCGAGCCAUCGAGGAGGGCCGGCCCGUACCUGUGUCAGUGCCAAUGCGUCUCCCCCUCCCCCCAGCCCAGGUCCACACCAGCUUCUCCGCAAGGGAAAAGCCCGGCUUCCUGGCCCCCCGGGACCUCCCCAAGCACACCCCUCUCAUCUCGAAGAGCCAGUCCCUGCGCAGCGUUCACCGCUCCGCCAGUUGGGCCCGGCCGCUGCCCGACGAGGAGCGGCCACAGCGGAGGCCCAGGCCAGUGCAGCGCACCCAGAGCGUCCCCGCCGGGCGCCCUGCCCGCCGCCGCCCGUCUGCGGGGCCCCGGCCGCGACCCAGAGGCUCCCUGCGCACUAGCCCCGCACCGCGCGGCCGGCCCUGGACCGGGGUCUCCACCUCACUGCCGCGGAAGCCGUCGGUGCCCUGGCAGCGCCACCUGGAUCAGCCGCGGGACCGAGACCAGGCGGUGGGCACGCACCGACCUGUAAGCAAGCUGGCAGAGCUGCAGUGCCAGGUGGCUGCGCUGCGCGAGGAGCAGAAAGUGCUGUCCCGACUUGUGGAGUCGCUGAGCACCCACAUCCAGGCCUUGACCGAGCAGCAGGAGCAGCUGCGAGGCCAACUGCAGGAUCUGGACUGCAGGCUGCGUGCUGGGACCUCGGAGUUGGAUCCAGAGCACAGCCUCCCAAGAAGUGAAGGGGACAGUCUAAAAAGUCUGGAGCGCCGCCUGACUGAGAUGGAGAAAUCUCAGGCCCAGCUAAAGGAUGCGGUCCGGAGCCUGCAACUUUCUCCAAGGACGCCCGGGUCCCGGAGCCAGCCUCUGCCCCUCAAAACACCCUGCAUCAAUGGAGACACCACCUGAGCUGUCCUUCCCACCCCACGUGGUCUGCGAGCGUAGCUGUCUUAGGGGGGUGUCUGACCUUGCCUUAGCCCUACAUGGCCUCCAGUGGGGAGUGGUGCUGUAGGUGCCAACCACUCUGGCACUACGAGGCUGCCCAGUAAAGUCUUGAUUUCAGU